AUGUGUCCUGAAGCAGCUGUCAAGACCACAGAUGUUUCUAAGGAGAACAAUCAACAAACGACUCAAGAGCAAAUCCCCAGGAAAGGUUUUUGUACAGUCCGGCAUGGCCUGGCCUUCAUCUUGCAUUUCUGUAAUUUUUCAAUCUACGCCCAACAAACGAACCUGAGCAUCGCCAUCACAGCCAUGGUGAACAACACCGCCCUGCCCAGCCAGUCCAAUGCCUCCUUGAGCUCCCAGGACAACUGGAAUGAAACUCAGACAGAAUUCCAGGCCCCUGCAUAUGACUGGAGUCCUGAAAUCCAGGGGACCAUCCUCAGCUCCCUCAACUAUGGCUCGUUCUUGGCUCCCAUUCCCACUGGCUAUGUGGCUGGAGUAUUUGGAGCCAAGUAUGUGGUUGGUGUUGGCUUGAUUGCUACCUCAGUCCUGAGCCUCCUCAUUCCACUGGCCGCUGACGCUGGAGUGGCCUGGCUCAUUGUUGUUCGCGUUUUUCAAGGCAUAGCCCAGGUUAUGGUUUUCACAGGUCAGUAUGCACUUUGGGUCAGAUGGGCUCCACCAGUGGAAAGGAAUCAACUCAUUAGCAUUGCUAUAUCAGGGGCGAAGCUGGGAUCCUUUCUUGUGCUCCUUGUUGGCGGUCUCAUCUGCCAGAACCUAGGGUGGCCUUACGUCUUCUAUAUUUUUGGUGCAAUUGGGUGUGUCUGUUGUCUUCUCUGGUUUCCUCUUGUUUAUGAUGACCCCAAGGAUCAUCCCUUUAUCAGCGUGGGUGAGAAGAGUUACAUCACAUGUUCACUGGCUCAGCAGGACUUGCCAAAGAAGUCUCUUCCCAUUAAAGCUAUGAUCAAAUGUCUACCACUUUGGGCCAUCUUAGUAUCCUAUUUUUGUGAAUACUGGACUAUUCAUAUAGUAACGUCAUACUCACCAACAUACAUCCGCUCUAUACUUCAAACCAGUGUCACAACUAGUGGGAUGCUGUCAUCACUGCCACAUAUUUCUGGCUGUGUCUGCAUUAUCCUUGGAGGUCUAUUGGCUGAUUUUCUCCUCUCCAGAAAAAUUCUCAGACUCAUUGUCGUCAGGAAACUCUUCACUACUAUAGGGGUCCUUGGCUCCUCUGCGGUCCUCGUGUCUCUGUACUGGGUCAAAUCCAGCCCCGCUGCCACCAUCACCUUCUUGAUACUGACUUCUGUCUUCACAAGCUGCAAUCAACCAGGGUCCCUCAUAAACUUCUUGGAUAUUGCUCCUCGGUACUCCGGCUUUAUCAAGGGACUAUCACAAGUGUUUGCGAUCUUAGCUGGAGCCAUCUCUCCCACUGUUGCUGGAGUUUUAGUCGGUCAGGAUUCAGAACUGGGUUGGAGAAAUGUCUUCUUGCUUGCAGCUGCCAUUGACAUUUCUGGCUUGAUCUUCUACCUCAUCUUUGGCCGAACACACGUGCAGGACUGGGCUAAAGAGGAGACAACCACCCAUUUCUGA